AUGAGCAUGAGCGGUCGACCGCAGGAGACCUCCAAUUCGGAUAUGGCAUCCGAUCUGGAUCUGGAUAUCCAGGACUCUUUUGAUAUUCCCGUCAUAGAGACUGAGGAGUCCCUGUUUGUUGUGAUUCCCAAGCUAUCCCAGAUACUGAAAUGGGAGUUCUCAAACGUAGCCGAGGACGACUGGGGACUGAACGGAAGCCGAGGAGCAGCAUGCGAGUUUGUUGCCUGGCAGUUUCUAUGUCACCUGAACCAGCGCGAAACGAUCGAAUUCCUCUUGGAGGAGCUUCCGAGCCCCAGGCGCAGGUCGACAAAUCCCAGUGAAGUGGAAACAGGCAUCUCCCGCCUUACCCGGGGCUCGACAGAGUCCACUCCUCUGCGGUCAGGUGCUUCCACACCUGGUCGUCAAUCAGAGCUGGGCAAACAGAACCCUGAAAAUCAGAGUCGGCGGGCUUUCCUGAGAACCCAGACUGAAUAUGCAGAUGAUUGCAAUCUCUCAAGAUACUCACGAUUCUUUGGUCUGAACGCGUUGGAAGUUGCAGCAGUUGCCAGCGCCAAGAGAUUUCUCAGCCAACGGGUCGUUCAACGCGUGGUCAACGACAUUUGGAAUGGUGAAAUCGUGUUCUGGGAUUCUCUCACAGUCCAUUCAAUCAAGAAACCGCAAAUUUUCAACAGAAAGUGA